CCUCCCAAAUCGAGAUUACCCUGGGUGCUGAGCACAUUCUGCUUCUGCUACAGGUGUGAGGAACAAUGAAGUGGGAAGGCUUCUAUGCCCUUGUCAUCGGCGUGAACCGCCACUCCACAUCCAUCGGCCGCAUCUGGCUCUCCGUGGUGUUUAUUUUCCGCAUCAUGGUGCUUGUGGUAGCCGCAGAAAGCGUCUGGGGUGAUGAGCAGUCUUCUUUCACCUGCAACACGCAGCAGCCCGGCUGCAAGAACGUCUGCUACGAUUACUACUUCCCCAUCUCUCACAUCCGACUGUGGGCACUGCAGCUUAUCCUGGUGACCACACCAGCCUUGCUCGUGGCCAUGCACGUGGCGUAUCAGCAGCACCAAGAAAAGAAGCUCUUGGUGAUGACAGGCCACGGGGACACCAAGCACCUGGAAGAAGUCAAGAAGCACAAGAUGCGCAUUUCAGGCUCACUGUGGUGGACCUACGUCUGCAGCGUCCUCUUCCGCAUUCUCUUUGAAGGCACCUUCAUGUACAUCUUCUACAUGAUCUACCCUGGGUACCAGAUGAUCCGCCUGGUCAAGUGCGAUGUCUAUCCCUGCCCCAAUACCGUUGACUGCUUUAUCUCCCGGCCCACUGAGAAGACCAUUUUCACCGUCUUCAUGCUGGCCACUUCCGGCAUCUGUAUUAUCCUCAAUGUGGCCGAAAUGGUCCUCCUCAUAGUGCGAGCCUGCGCCCGGCGCGUCAGCCGAAGCCGCAACCCUUCCUCAGGAAAGGGCUCCUUUCUGGGGCACAAGCUGUCUUCGGAGUACAAGCAGAACGAGAUCAACCAGCUGCUGACAGAGCAGGACAGCUCCCUCAAGGACAUUCUCCGGCGGAACUCGGGGCUCCAGGAGAAGAGCGACCGCUGCUCAGCCUGUUAAAGGCCUCCGGUUGUUGGUGGGUCUCUUGGGUUCUGGCCUGACUGGAGAGCAGAGGGCUCUUCGCUGCCUGCCUUGUUACUGUACUGCCUCAAGCCCUGCCGGAGCAAUUUUUGUCUUGUCGGGGCCCCUUCUCACCCCUGCUGUUCCCAGCUACGGCUUCCUCUUCCCUCCCCUCGGCUUCUAGGCCUGUGGAUUUUGCAGGUGCAAGGUUAGCCGAUAGGAUGCCCUGGUCACAGCCUGUGGUCUCCAACUCGGCUUCUAAGGUCACUGCGGGCCCCUUCCAGCCGGGAAACCCCAGCAGCCACCGCUGCCCAGGCUUCUUCCUGCUGUCCCUCAGACCUGGCCUCCUCGCCCCCCCACUCCCCAGCACCCGUCUGGUACUUCUCAUUGCUUUGUCCCUCCCGGGGACAAGGACAAGUGAGCAGCGCAUUUGAGAUGCUGGGCUUUAAUUCACGUAUUGCGUCUUCAAAGGAAAGUCUCCACCUUUCUAUUUAGUCCUGAGGAUCCUACGGUGCCACAUUCAGAAAGGUUAUUUUGAAACGCACCAGCAAUUCAGAGUGUUGCCUCUGCUCCCCUCUGGUGCUUUCCGGCCCAGCAGAUGUUCUUUUCCUUGCACUUGCUAUCCUGGGUCUGCCAAACCAAGUCUGCAGCAGCCCCCCCGCCUCCCGGAAUGCAGGUCGGUCAGUUUUGAGUGGUAGGAUUCCCGUACCGUGAACAGGUAGAACACGACUCUGGCUGGGUGUGCAGCUGCUGACGGGCCAAGAGCUCCUUCCCUGGUCAAGGGGGCUGCCUGGCCAGCGAGCAGGAUUCCGUCUUCCGGCAAGAGGACUGGUAUUGCUGGCUGCAUUUUGUUGUACCAAAGCAAGUCACAGUAUUAAAAUGAUUUUACAGG